CAUGCAAUAUAAAAGCUCUACAGUGUACAUGCAAAAUUGGCUAGAUCUAUAGCAAGUUAGUAACCUGUAACACUAAUAAGACAUCAAGCAGCAGUCAUAAGUAUAGCUCAUCAAAACUACACCAACCAAAGCAACGUAGAACUAUCAAGUAUUGACUGACUGGAUUGAGCCAAGCCAUACACUAUGGGGAACGCAUGUUCAUGUUUGGUAGAUGGCACAAGCUCUUCUUCAGAGCCUACUACACUCCAUCGACAUCGGAGAAAAAGCUUGUCUGAAAGCGUGAAGGAAAUUAACACUCUCAAUACUGCAGCUGCUACUCUCGGGGCAACUGAAAACACUCUACAAUCAAAAGUGGACGAGUUGGAAACACAAAAGAAUCAAGAAAAUGACCCUGAGAAAAAAAGGAAAAUCCAGGAUCGUCUUCAAAGAGAACAGACAAAACUAAACCGUGUCAAAGGUCAAAAAGAAAGGGCUGAAGAUAUGUCGUACCAAAAAAUUCUCAAGAAAAGCCAGCGAGUGUUACAAGAUGUUGAGGGAGAAGUGGGUGCAGCUAAUGUCUUGAACAAGGUCAUUGAGUAGAGAGCAGCAUUGAAGAACACACACAAUUAGAGAACAACACUUGGUCUCAGCUAUUUUAUGUUAUUUUGUGUCAUCCCCAUUCACAUUUUUAUUAUAUGUGCAGCAAUAAUAAGUUCUUACCAUUGAUCUUUACUUUCCUCCAUGUCUGUUGUCAGGUUCCUACAUGGAAUUGUGUACAUAACAUUUUAAUCAGCUGUGA